AUGUAUUGUGGUGAGGUUUCUGAUACAGUAGUGCUAACUACCCGAGUAAACAGAAUUGAUGCAAUAAAUAAUGUAAAUCAUGAUGCUACUAAACCAACCCAACCCUCUGUUAAUAGGGCGGAUUCAACUCCUAACUACUCCCAAUCUCACUAUAAAUCUCAAUUAACUGAUUCUAGAGAAGCCAAGUUGAGAUCAGAAGAUGAACGUUUGAGAACAUUUAAUGAUGGUUGGCCCCAUAGUUCUCCUACACCAGCUGACCUUGCGAAAGAGGGAUUUUUUUUCACUCAAAGCGCAGAUCGUGUACAAUGCAUUUUUUGCAAUGGUAUUUUAAAGAAUUGGGAAGUAACAGAUAUUCCUGCUGUGGAACAUCGGAAACAUUUCCCUGGGUGUGGACUUAUUCGGAAUAGAGAUGUUGGUAAUAUUCCACGAAUGGUUGAUGUCCAAUCAGACUUAGGUAUUACACUACCAGUUUUAAACGAUAGUCGAAUAGAAGUUUUAUGGCUUGAUGAAAGAUUACCUUCAACUGGUAUCUUUACUGAACCUCCAAGACAUCCACAAUAUGUAACUGAAGCUUCUAGAAUUGCUUCAUUUGCUAACUGGCCAAAGGGAGUAUCACAAACACCACAAAUGUUGGCAAAGGCUGGAUUUUUUUAUGCAGGUUUUGAUGACAGUGUUAAAUGCUUUCAUUGUGAUGGUGGAUUAAGAACUUGGGAAGCUAAUGAUGAUCCAUGGAAAGAACAUGCUAGAUGGUUUUCCAGAUGUCCCUACGUUCUACAAGUAAAAGGAGAAGCGUUUGUUAGAAGGUUUAAAAAUGGAAUUUUUUACUUUCUAUUGUUGUUUAAAACUCAGAAAGGUAUUUUUAUGUAUAAACUGAAUUUGAAAAAAGGACAAAAAAAAACUGUCUUUCAUAGGGUUGCAAGUUUUGCAAAAGUAGUCACCCAAUGUAAUUUGAACUUAGAUAUACACUUGGAUAUAUUACAACCAUCAUUUUUAUAUAUACAUUUAAUUUACUUAGGAGAUGAUUUUGAUAGUGUAGAAGAUUUAUUAAAUGCUAUUUACCAUCUUGGAGAUAAUCAGGUCAUGCCUCCAACUAACACUCAUCCACCAGCUAUGCCUACUUUAACCGAUAAAAAUCAAAGACUCAAGGACCAGAGGACAUGUAAAAUUUGUAUGGAUGAAGAGGCGAAUAUAGUUCUCUUACCUUGUGGACAUUUAGUUAGUUGUGCUACAUGUGCUCCAGCAUUAAGAAAAUGUCCGAUAUGUCGGGCAGGUAUUAAAGGCACAGUCAGGACUUACAUUUCAUAA